UAUGAUCUGUAACCUUUGCUUGGUAUAAGAUGUAGUCAAAAACAUCCACUGUCAUUAUCAUUUUGACUAGGGAUGUACAAUUAAUUUAAAAAUUCAAUGUUAAAAAAAUAAUAAUAAUUAAUAUUUCCUAUACGAAAUUAAUACUGUCAAAGUAAAGACUAAUAUUUGAAGUACUAGAGGGGUACCUACUAGAGGAGUAUGAGGGGUGUUUGACUGAUGCCUACGGUUAAAGCCCCAAUGAUAAAUAUUACCUACACAUGAUAAAUUGUCCCAAAUAAAUAAAUCAUAAAUAAAUAAAUAAAUCACUUUCUCUUAAAUAAAGCUAUUUAUAAAUAAUCAGUUAUACCUAUACAAAAUUCCGAUUUAAUAAGAUAAAAGUUGAUUGAUUAAUAAUUUUUUCACAUCCCUAAUCCCUAUAUUUGACGCAUUGACGUUUAAUGAAUUGUUGUGAUUGUGAUAGUCUUUCUCUUGUUUACGAUUGCAUUUUUACUUAUUUCUAAAGUAAUUUCGUUAUAUUUAGAAAUGAAGGACACCAAAAUGAGUUCACAUUUAUCUGGCGGUCGCUUGAAUGUCGCUUUGGUGCAGGAAACUAUGAGAAAAGAAUUAUUAAACUUACUUCAACUAUGUGAAGGGCCAAAAGUAACGAUCUGGGACGAAUGGUUGGCUGGACCAGUAGGAUUAGUGGCACAAUAUUCGUUGCUGAAGGAGCAUGAAGUAGCUGAUAUGUUUCCAUUACGGCCUGGGAAUCUUCCUGCCAUAUCAGUAAAACAUAUUGUAUUUAUAGCUAGACCCAAACUAUCACUGAUGGAUUUAGUUGCUGACUAUAUAGUUUCUUUGAGGUCGAAGCAAAACUCUGCAGUUGAAUUCCACCUAUUUUUUGUCCCUCGGAAGAGUGAGCUCUGUGAAAAGCACCUGGCUAACCGAGGAGUGGCUGGCAACCUGUCUAUACAAGAAUUCAAGUGUGACAUAUACCCAUUUGAAAGCGAUGUUAUGUCCUUGGAACUACAAAAUGAUUUCAGAGAGAAUUAUUUGGAAGGUGAUCCGACUUGCAUUUACAAUGCAGCUCAAGCACUGCGCACAAUCCAACAGCUUUAUGGAAUCAUACCACGAGUAUUUGGCAAAGGAGUUGCAGCCAAACAGGUUUGGGAUCUGCUAUGCCGUCUAAAUAAAGAAGAGCAAGGUACUGGACCAAAAGGCUCAUCGACUUCCUGCAUUGACAACCUGCUGCUUUUAGACAGAGCCAUUGAUUUCACAAGUGUUAUGACUACCCAACUCACAUAUGAAGGCCUUAUCGGUAUGUGUUUCGUAUAUCGGCCCUAAGUCAGGUUUGUUAUUUGUAUCAUUUUAGAGCUACUAUCCAAAUUUCAAGUUGAAUGACCGUUGAAUGACUCGACUAUAAAUAAAAAAAAUAUUAAUAUAUUUGAUCAAUUUCGCAUUCACAAUGCUAUACUGAAAAAUAUUCUUAAUACAAAAUGCUUAAAAAAUACACUUGAUCCUCGGCACCCUGAGAUGGGAUUCGAACCCACGACCUUUCGCAUCCCAUCUCAGGGUACCAGAGACCAAGGGGUAUUUGAAGCAUUUUGUAUUAAGAAUAAAAAAAUAUUAAAUUGCAAACUAGCGUCAUUAAACGACACUCGAACCUAACAAAUCUUAACUUCGAAGUGUUUGUAAUCUUUACAUUAUUAUUUAAAUUAAUUUCCUAUUUAAAUGUGACACAAUUGUCUGUCCGAUUCCUUUAAUAUCCUAUUCCCGAAUAUUGUUUCUUCUCCAGACGAGUUAUUCGGCAUCAAGAAUUCCACCGCAAAAUUCCCGGGUCACAAGUUCGUCAGUCCCGAUGACGCAAGUCCCGAGGUCACCGCUAGGGAGAAGAAGCGGAUCAUACUGAACUCCAGCGAGGAAUUGUUCGCUGAGCUAAGGGAUUGCAAUUUCAACGCGGUAUGUCCUAUUUAGUGACCUUAACCUUAAGUAAUUUUAUAACUAAAAUGUUAUGUGAACUUAG